AUGAACCAGCAGCAGGCGGGCCCUGUGCACGCCCCGACUACCCCUUCUCCUGAUGCGACGCACUCGCCGUUCGCCCGCGCCGACUCGUCGCAGCGUCUGACGUUCACCGACAUGGCCCGACUUGCCGGACGGCCACAGCCAGAGAUGUACGCUGUUCCGGAGUCCUUCCUUGAGAUCGAGGUGCGCAACCCUCUGACGCACGGCGUUGGGCGCAAGAUGUACACCGACUACGAGAUUGUGUGCAUGGUGAGUGGCAGCGAUGAAGGCGGGCGAGGCAGGCAAUGGACCGAACCUCCUAUUGUCACGCUCGCCACCCUCGACGAGCUCUUUCCUAGCCUUGCUAACAUUCAGACGAACAUCCCCGCAUUCAAGAUCCGGCACUCUGUCGUGCGCCGCCGGUACAGCGACUUUGAGGCGUUCCGGGACAUUCUCGAGCGGGAGAGCACGCGCGUCAACAUUCCGCCUCUGCCGGGCAAGGUGUUCACGAACAGAUUCACAGACGACGUGAUCGAGCAGCGCCGCGAGGGUCUGCAGCGCUUCCUCGAGAUUGUCGCUGGCCACCCCCUGCUCCAGACUGGAUCCAAGGUGCUCUGCGCCUUCCUCCAGGACCCCGCGUGGGACAAGAGCCAGUGGCUCUAA